CAACCCAGCGAAGGAGGAGAAGUGCUGAAACGGUACAAUGCUGUGGAGAGUUCCUGUUUGCAAGCCCUCAUGAAUGACUCUCUGAGGCAGUUUGUCCCGUGCUACCGUGGGUUGACCACCAGAGGGAGUGAGAGCUACAUCCGAUUGGAAGAUUUACUGAGUGGUCUGUCCUGCCCUGUCAUAAUGGAUUGCAAAAUGGGUGUCAGAACCUACCUGGAAGAGGAGUUAGUUAGGGCACGCUCCAAUCCUUGCCUGCGGACCGAUAUGUACCAGAAGAUGGUGAAAAUAGACCCAGCAGCCCCUUCUGCAGAGGAGCACGCACAGGGCGGUGUGACAAAGCCACGCUACAUGCAGUGGAGGGACAGCGUGAGCUCUACUUCCACACUGGGCUUCAGGAUCGAAGGGAUUACUGCGGAGGACGGGAGAGUUCUUCGGGACUUCAAGAAGACUCGAACCUCUGCCCAGGUGACCAACGCCCUCCUUUCCUUCACCAAGAGGCAGUCACACAUCCUGGAAGCAUACCUGUCCAGACUACAGGCACUCAGCGGAGCUCUGAAAGAGUCUGAGUUUUUCAAAACCCAUGAGGUGAUUGGCAGCUCUCUUCUCUUUGUCCAUGACCGCACCAACAAGGCCAAUGUAUGGAUGAUUGAUUUUGGAAAGACAACCCCCACUCCUUCCAGUGUCCAUCUGAAGCACAACAUUCCCUGGGUGGAAGGCAACCGGGAAGAUGGGUAUAUCAUUGGGCUGUCGACCCUCACCUUGCUGGUGAAAGAAGCCCUUAGGCAAGCUGUUGGACAACAUCAUGAUGAGGGCAACAUUCCUGUUCAUGUUGACCAUCAGACUGGGACACAGCAUAGAUCACAGCCUUGUGAAAUCACUCACAACCAUAUUUAAAACCUACUGCUGGAACAGUUCACUCAAAGCUCUGUUGGAUUCAGAGUUAUGACAAAGGUUGCAGAGUCCAAACCUUGUUCAAAUGGGCCAAAGCUGAAACAGGACCUAAAUGAAGAGCGAACACUUGUGGAAGGCAGCAGAACUCCGUCCACUUUGAGUGAUGCAGGGCUAGCAGUAGCACCACAUUCAAACUCACAGUAGUCAAGGCCUGCUGACUGGGUGGAGUUAACCAUGACUGUCCCUGGACCAUCAACCAUGUUGAUCAGAGAAUAACCACAAAAAAAAAAACACAUUUGACUUUGAUCACCUGAUGUUCAUGCACACUGCUCUAGCAAGCAAAUGACCAGGAAAAGGUUUUAGUUUUUGUAGAGUC